CCGAUGUGACGUCAUAUUCAUGCGGCAGAAGUCGUUCGCGGUCGCAUGGUGUGCGGACUUUACCCUUCGCGCUGUACUGGACAUAACUGCGCUAUAACGUUUCAGUAGAAAUGGCUGAUUUCAGUAGUUUUGAUAUGCCGUCCGCCAGUUCUUCAGAAAAAGCCGACGCGGCAGAGCUUCAGCGGCUGUUAGCCGUGGAGCAACAGAAAGCCCAGUUUCAGGCUCAGGUGCACAACUUCACGGACGUCUGCUGGGACAAGUGCAUGGAUAAGCCGAGUGCCAAGCUGGACUCGCGGACGGAGACAUGUCUGGUGAGCUGCGUGGAGCGCUUCAUUGAUACCACCCUGACCAUCACCAACCGCUUCUCACAGAUGGUCCAGAAGGGCACGCACUGACCCCCCUGGAGGACUGUUUGGAGGCGGCAUAUCUGUUUAUACACUUUUUCAAAUGGGGGCUGGAUCUCAAAGGGGCUCCCUACAACAAACAUAUAAUCUAUUAUAUUUGCAACAAGGAGGCAUUUGAGAUUCAAGCUCUGGUUGUAUUUCAAAUAACUCCUCAAACCUGACAUAGUUCUACCAUCUGGGAUUCAGGCUCUGCUUCCCUUCGUCAUGGGAAUGAAGGUCUAAUGUUCUGCCUGAGCCUCAGUGUUUGGGAAAGGACACACUACACAGCACCUCCCUACCAUGCCAUGUUGGUUGUAGAUCUUCCAAUUCGUGUUUCGUUCAUUUAUGUCCGAUGUCCCCAGCAGGAAAACAGUGGACUUUGCGGUUAUAGUGAAUAUUUGUGUUUAGGUUAAUCGAUAAUGACAGUGAUUAUAAUUUUCAAGCAGGCAAACUUUCCUGUAUUAGAGUUUAGAAAACUGUGAACACAUUAUGAUGUUUCUUUCUGAAAUAUUAUCACGUACAAAACACAUGCAAAUCAGUUGUAUGUAAUAAACGGAUGGUUAGUCAA